CCGUCCUCCACUCCAUGACCCCCGCAGCAGCCGCAGGACGCUACACACCACCUUUGUUUACUUGUGAUCUCGCUCUCUGCCUUACUGUAUCCUUCUAUUACCUGCUCGUCACCAUUUCUCCAUCCAUUAAGUUGAGGCAUCACUCACCGCUCUGCUGGCCUUCAGGAUGGGGACACGGGUAGCUGGUGGUCUCCACUUCUCUGACAAGUCCUUAGUGGGGGUGUCAAGACUUCUUGAGGAUCUGCAGCACCUGUUGGAGGAUAAGGACUCUGCUGAUAUAAUAUUUGUCAUCGGACGGGAGGAAACACACAUAGCUGCUCACAAGCUUAUCCUGAAGGCCAGAUGCAAAAGUUUUGUGGAGGCGUCCGGUGGAGAGGUGUGUGUCAUUCCCGGCAGCACAGUGACUCCUGGCAGCCCCCACACCACAAUCCGCCUGCCCCAGUACCAGCCGGUCAUUUUCCGCCAGGUCAUUAACUACAUCUACACUGGCAAGGUUGUAAUGAGUGACAGUGGAGUGUUUGAAGUGCAUGGAGUGGCUCAUGACCUUGGGCUGGAGGAACUCUGCCAGCAUUGUGAGGACCACAUUGCCACCACCAUGACACCUCACAAUGCUUGCACCUUCCUCAUGGCUGCCCUCAAGAUGGAGCAGCGCACAGGAGGGAGCAAGGGGAGCCGUUCCUUUGUGGACCGCUGUGUGGCAUACAUUGGUGAGAAUGCACUUGAGUGUAUGCAGACAUCCUCCUUCCUAAACCUGUCCCGGGAAGCACUCAUACGACUGAUCUCAUCUGAUAAUCUAGCUCUGGAGGAGGAGGACGUGUGGCGAGGGGUCCUUAACUGGGCUAAGUAUGGUGCAGGUGUUGCGCAGCCCACGGCUCACUGGACAGAGGAAGAGAGGUUGCGUGUGUGUCAGCAGCUGCAGGGUGUCAUUAAUCAUGUUCGACUCCUGCUCAUUGACAGUCAGGUGUUUGCGGAGGAGGUGGAGCCGACAGGAGCAGUGCCUAUGGAGCUUUCCCUGGAGAGGUAUCGCUAUGCUGCUCUUCCCAAUAAGUUCAAGGAUAACUCAACCAAUGAGGACAAACGACUUCAACCCAGAGUGUCCCUAAAGUUGUUUGCUGGCUCACAGAUACUGAUCAAUGAGAAGAUGUCCCUCCAGCGCAUCCUUAACAACUGGUACGGCGUCAACAAACAGAUGUGGCGCCUGGUGUACCGGGCAUCAACUCACGGCUACUCGGCUGAUGCCUUCCACCGCCACUGUGAUGGUGUGGCACCCACCUACACAAUUGUCAUGGGUCAGCAUGGAGAGAUUUGUGGAGGGUUUAGUGAUGUCCCUUGGGGCAAGACGACCAUGAAGGGGAGAUACGUCGCUUCGGACAAAGCUUUCCUUUUCACCCUUGUCAACAACCAGGACAUCCCUCCUACAAAAUUUCCCGUCAUUAAGAAGAUGUUUGCCAUCUGCUACCAUCCAGAUUGUGGCCCAAUCUUUGGUGCUGGGGCUGACCUCUUCAUUGCUGGGAACUGCAACCAAAACCUUGAGAGUUACUCCAACCUGCCACACUCAUAUGAUGGUGAAAAUGCUUCCUGCAAUACUCUGAUGAGUGACUACAACUUCACAGUGCUAGACUAUGAGGUGUUCUCUCCUUAUGGAAAGUGAAGUGUUACUCAGAAGGAAGUGAUUGAUGUUUGGAUAUUUGUGGCUGCCCUGGAAGGAAAGUAAUGGAGCAUGAGAAAUGUGUUGCUGUCUAAGGGAAAAAAAGGAGAGACAGAUAUUCAUUGCAUGUUGAGACAAUCCUACCACUGCACAUAAUUGCUGGAGUGUCACAGUCUGUGAUCGUGGAAAAUGUUUCUAUGUGCAAUAUUUCAUCCUUUUGAUGAAGUUAUUCUUAUUGUUCAUUCUGACAUGGCUGUCACUACAAUCUCUUUUAUAUUUGUUUUUUAUGUGUUUGUUCUAUUGUUCUAUUGUUAGUACAAUGAUUCAGUGUCUUUCUGAAUAUGUUUAUCCAAUAUUUUACAUUAAAAUAACAAAUAGGCAGACAUUUUCAUCGUAACUUAGAUGAGAACUGAUUACUACUUAGAUGGUUGUAAAUACUGACUUAUGUCUGUUCAUGUUAACUUGUGACUGAAUUCCUUAUCUUUCCCUCAUGAUGUAUGUUAUUGUGAAGUGAUGAGCAAAUCCUGACUGUCCCUUCUUGAUUCACUCACUCAAUGCUUAUUUAGAAGAGGAAGCAGCUCAUGGAUUGUCCCAAGGCUCUCAAGGAAGGAAGGAAGGAUGGUAGAGAUUUUGUGUUUACAUAAUUAGUGAAAAGCUUCUAGACAUCAGUUUGUUUCUCCGAAUUGUUGUAAAAAUAUAUAAUUAAGGUUUUACAGUUUGAUUUAUAUAUAGCAAAGCUUAGUUCAGAAGGUUGUUAUAUUUGUUGAUUUAUUUAAAAAAUAUAUUGUGUAGUAUCAAGUCCA